CAACCAAUCAGAAACGCGAUAUUUCAGUGCAGUGUUUCUCGCGAGACCUCCGCUUUUCCUUUUUCCUUUUCCCUUCGAGUCCAAGAUGGGAGUCGAUAUAAGACAUAACAAGGAUCGUAAGGUGCACAGGAAGGAGCCAAAGAGUCGGGAUAUCUACCUGAGGCUCCUGGUCAAGCUGUACAGGUUCCUGACCCGCCGCUCCAAUUCGACUUUCAACAAAGUGGUCCUGAAAAGGCUCUUCAUGAGCAGAAGUAACAGGCCUCCCCUCUCCCUUUCUCGCCUGCUCCAUAAAAUGAAGAUGGGCGGCCGUGAUAACAAGAUCGCCGUUGUCGUGGGAACGAUCACUGAUGACGUCAGGAUCCAGAAGAUUCCCAAGCUCAAGGUGUGCGCCCUGAGGGUGAGUGAAGGUGCUCGCCGCAGGAUCUUGCAGGCCGGAGGUCAAGUGAUGACUUUUGACCAGCUGGCAAUGGAAUCACCCAAAGGAAAAGGCACCGUGCUGUUGUCAGGUCCUCGCAAGGGCAGAGAGGUGUACAGGCACUUUGGUAAAGCUCCUGGAACUCCUCACAGCCACAGCAAGCCCUACAUUCGUUCCAAGGGCAGGAAGUUUGAGAGAGCUCGUGGUCGCAGAGCCAGCCGUGGCUACAAAAACUAAAGUUUCUCUUUUGUUUACCACACAUGAUUAUAAUAAAAAACUGGCUGUACAAAACAUCA